CUGCGGUGUUUCCCGCGCGGGCUAUCCCAGUUGGCGGGCGAACGGCGCGGCCUUUCUUAGCGCCGGCGGCGCUGCCGCAGUCAUGGGGUUCCUGAAGCUGAUUGAGAUCGAGAACUUUAAAUCGUACAAGGGUCGGCAGAUUAUCGGACCAUUUCAGAGGUUCACCGCCAUCAUUGGACCCAAUGGCUCUGGUAAGUCAAAUCUCAUGGAUGCCAUCAGCUUUGUGUUGGGUGAGAAAACCAGCAACCUGCGGGUAAAGACCCUAAGGGACCUGAUCCACGGAGCUCCUGUGGGCAAACCAGCAGCCAACCGAGCCUUUGUCAGCAUGGUUUACUCUGAAGAGGGUGCUGAGGACCGCACAUUUGCCCGUGUCAUUGUAGGAGGUUCCUCUGAGUACAAGAUCAACAACAAAGUGGUCCAGCUACAUGAGUACAGUGAGGAAUUAGAGAAGUUGGGCAUUCUUAUCAAAGCUCGUAACUUCCUCGUCUUCCAGGGUGCUGUGGAAUCUAUUGCCAUGAAGAACCCCAAAGAGAGGACAGCUCUUUUUGAAGAGAUCAGUCGCUCUGGGGAGCUGGCCCAGGAAUAUGACAAGCGAAAAAAGGAAAUGGUAAAAGCUGAAGAGGACACACAGUUUAAUUACCAUCGCAAAAAAAACAUUGCAGCUGAACGCAAGGAGGCCAAACAAGAAAAAGAAGAGGCUGACCGCUACCAGCGCCUGAAGGAUGAGGUGGUGCGAGCUCAGGUACAGUUGCAGCUUUUCAAACUUUAUCAUAAUGAAGUGGAAAUUGAGAAGCUCAACAAAGAACUGGCCUCUAAGAACAAGGAGAUAGAGAAGGACAAGAAGCGGAUGGACAAGGUAGAGGAUGAGCUGAAGGAGAAGAAGAAGGAGCUGGGCAAAAUGAUGCGGGAACAACAGCAGAUUGAGAAGGAGAUCAAGGAGAAGGACUCAGAGCUGAACCAGAAGCGGCCUCAGUACAUCAAGGCCAAGGAAAAUACUUCCCACAAAAUCAAGAAGCUGGAAGCAGCCAAAAAGUCACUACAGAAUGCUCAGAAGCAUUAUAAGAAGCGUAAAGGUGACAUGGAUGAGCUGGAAAAGGAGAUGCUGUCAGUGGAGAAAGCUCGGCAGGAAUUUGAGGAACGGAUGGAAGAGGAAAGUCAGAGUCAGGGCAGAGAUUUGACCUUGGAGGAGAAUCAGGUGAAGAAAUAUCACCGGUUGAAAGAAGAAGCCAGCAAGAGAGCAGCUACCCUGGCCCAGGAGCUGGAGAAGUUCAAUCGAGACCAGAAGGCCGACCAGGACCGGCUGGAUCUGGAAGAACGGAAGAAAGUAGAGACAGAGGCCAAGAUCAAGCAAAAGCUGCGGGAGAUUGAAGAGAAUCAGAAACGGAUUGAGAAACUAGAGGAAUACAUCACAACCAGCAAGCAGUCUCUAGAGGAACAGAAGAAACUAGAGGGGGAGCUGACAGAGGAGGUGGAGAUGGCCAAGAGACGUAUUGAUGAGAUUAAUAAGGAGCUGAACCAGGUAAUGGAGCAGCUGGGGGAUGCCCGCAUCGACCGCCAGGAGAGCAGCCGCCAACAGCGAAAGGCCGAAAUUAUGGAAAGCAUCAAGCGCCUGUACCCUGGUUCUGUGUACGGCCGCCUCAUUGACCUCUGCCAGCCCACACAAAAGAAGUAUCAGAUUGCAGUAACCAAGGUUUUGGGCAAGAACAUGGAUGCCAUUAUUGUAGACUCAGAGAAGACAGGCCGGGACUGCAUUCAGUAUAUCAAGGAGCAGCGUGGGGAGCCUGAGACUUUCUUACCUCUUGAUUACCUGGAGGUAAAACCUACAGAUGAGAAACUCCGGGAGCUGAAGGGGGCAAAGCUGGUGAUUGAUGUGAUUCGCUAUGAGCCACCUCACAUCAAAAAGGCCCUGCAGUAUGCUUGUGGCAAUGCCCUUGUCUGUGACAAUGUGGAGGAUGCCCGCCGCAUAGCCUUUGGAGGCCACCAGCGCCACAAGACAGUGGCACUGGAUGGGACCCUGUUCCAGAAGUCAGGGGUGAUCUCUGGCGGGGCCAGUGACCUGAAGGCCAAGGCCCGACGCUGGGAUGAGAAAGCAGUAGACAAGUUGAAAGAGAAGAAGGAGCGGUUGACAGAAGAGCUGAAGGAGCAGAUGAAGGCAAAGCGAAAAGAGGCAGAACUACGUCAGGUGCAGUCUCAGGCCCACGGACUGCAGAUGCGGCUCAAGUACUCACAGAGUGACCUAGAACAGACCAAGACACGGCAUCUGGCCCUUAAUCUGCAGGAAAAGUCCAAGCUGGAGAGUGAGCUAGCCAACUUUGGGCCUCGAAUCAAUGAUAUCAAAAGGAUCAUCCAGAGCCGAGAGAGGGAAAUGAAAGACUUAAAGGAGAAGAUGAACCAGGUAGAGGAUGAGGUAUUUGAAGAGUUUUGUCGGGAGAUUGGUGUGCGCAAUAUCCGGGAGUUUGAGGAAGAGAAGGUGAAGCGGCAGAAUGAAAUCGCCAAGAAGCGUUUGGAGUUUGAGAAUCAGAAGACUCGUUUGGGUAUCCAGUUGGAUUUUGAAAAGAACCAACUGAAGGAGGACCAGGAUAAAGUACACAUGUGGGAGCAGACAGUGAAAAAAGAUGAAAAUGAGAUCGAAAAGCUCAAGAAGGAGGAGCAGAGACAUAUGAAGAUCAUAGAUGAGACCAUGGCGCAGCUACAAGACCUGAAGAACCAGCACCUGGCCAAGAAGUCAGAGGUGAAUGACAAGAACCAUGAGAUGGAGGAGAUUCGUAAGAAACUGGGGGGCGCCAACAAGGAAAUGACCCAUUUACAGAAGGAGGUGACAGCCAUUGAGACCAAGCUUGAACAGAAGCGCAGUGACCGCCACAACUUGCUACAGGCCUGCAAGAUGCAGGACAUCAAGUUGCCACUGUCUAAGGGCACCAUGGAUGAUAUUAGUCAGGAAGAGGGUAGCUCCCAAGGGGAGGAUUCAGUGAGUGGCUCCCAACGGACUUCCAAUAUCUAUGCUCGAGAGGCUCUCAUCGAGAUUGACUACGGUGACCUGUGUGAGGAUCUGAAGGAUGCCCAGGCUGAGGAGGAGAUCAAGCAGGAGAUGAACACGCUGCAGCAGAAGCUGAAUGAGCAGCAGAGUGUGCUCCAGCGUAUUGCUGCCCCCAACAUGAAGGCCAUGGAAAAGCUGGAAAGUGUCCGAGACAAGUUCCAAGAGACCUCAGACGAAUUUGAGGCGGCCCGAAAGCGAGCCAAGAAGGCCAAGCAGGCAUUUGAACAGAUCAAGAAGGAACGCUUUGACCGCUUCAAUGCCUGUUUUGAAUCGGUGGCCACCAACAUUGAUGAGAUCUACAAGGCCCUGUCCCGUAACAGCAGUGCUCAGGCGUUCCUGGGCCCUGAGAACCCUGAGGAGCCCUACUUGGAUGGCAUAAACUACAACUGUGUGGCUCCUGGCAAACGCUUCCGACCCAUGGACAACUUGUCAGGGGGGGAGAAAACAGUUGCAGCUCUGGCCUUGCUCUUUGCCAUCCACAGCUACAAGCCAGCCCCUUUCUUCGUCCUGGAUGAGAUCGAUGCUGCCCUGGAUAACACCAACAUUGGCAAGGUGGCAAAUUACAUCAAGGAGCAGUCGACUUGCAACUUCCAGGCCAUCGUCAUUUCUCUCAAGGAGGAGUUCUACACCAAGGCUGAGAGCCUCAUUGGAGUCUACCCUGAGCAAGGGGACUGUGUGAUCAGCAAAGUCCUGACCUUCGACCUCACCAAGUACCCAGAUGCCAACCCCAACCCCAAUGAGCAGUAGCAGUAGUUCUGCCUUCCUACCCUGUCUGGAUCCUUAAGCUGCCCCUCUCCCAAUCUCUGGAUAUCUGGUGCCCAACCUUCCCCUACUUCCUGUCCCUGUUUGGUAUUAUCAUGGGAUUUAGGCACUGCUAUCAAGCACGAAGAGGAACAGAGGUGAUGUUAGUUCUGGAGCAGAAAUUCCUGAGCUUCAGGGAGCAUCCUGGCCUCUGGAAGGAGGUGCUGAGCUGAGCUGAGCUGAACUGAGCUGAACAGGGCCAUCUGUCCAUCCCCCUUUCCUCCCUUCCAGACCUUCUUCCAUCAUCCAUAAUCAUGGGUCCUUUGGGCCCCCUUGCAUUUUGCUUGUGUGUGGGUAUGUAUGCGUGUGUAUAUGUGUCCACAUGUGCGCAUGUGGGUGUGCUUGCAAAAUAAUAUAGAUAUUAGAGACCCAUUUUAGAAGGAGCCUAGGAUGAAUUUGAUUCCAAGAGAGCUUAGUAUGACAGCACCCCGGAGCUGGGCAGAAGUAUUCCGGACCUCAUAGGAUUCAGGCAGUUACAUGAAACCGCCCUCAUUCAUGUUUUUGUUCAUUUUGUGUGUUCGUCAGACACAUACUGAAAACCUUUUUGUCAGACUCUAUGCUAGGAAUACAGAACUGAGUCAGACAUGAUCUCUACUCUCCUACUAGGAGGAUGCUAAUUCAUGAGUUCCCGUGGUUAGCUGAAUCAGGUAAAGGUGCUUUGAAUUUGAAAAGAGGACGAUCACCUCCAGGCUUUCCGGAGGUCACUUUUCAGCUGGACCUUAAGUUGGUAGGAUUUGGUUGGGUACUAGGAGCAGAGCCUGGGCUCUGGGGACAGUUCUAGUCCCAUUUUUUAUUACUUUCUAGUUUGACGCUGGGCAAGUCAUUUGACCUUUCUGUGCCUCAGUUUCCUCAUUUAUAAAAUGGGGCUAACAGUAUUUACCUACCUCACAGGAUUUAAUGAUGUCAAACUCCUCACUGGAGGCCUUAUCCUUGCUUAGAGCCCAGUAGGUGCCAACACCUCAGAAUACAAGUCUUCACAUGCCUAACGCCUGAGGGCUUCUGAUCCCAAUUGUUAAGGACAGAAGGAGCCUCCAGAUUUGGGAGAUGCUGAAUGCUCUGGUUAUUGGAAAAGUUCCAGGGCAUUGAUGGGGUUUACCUGGUAAGUGGAGGGCCUAAGGAACCCUAUAGCUUAAAUCACAUAUAACUGAGUGCCUAGAUCUCAACCUGGGUUGUGAGGAGGUAGGGGAGAGGUAGCCUGGGCCAUAUCCUGGCUGAAUGCAUGUGAUGUUCCUUUUGGGAAAUGACUGUGUUAGUUGCAGAGGUAGCUCAGUGUGCUGCCAUGAGAUCAGUCUUUGCUUCUUCACAUCGUCAGACCAUCAUCACCUUGUCCUGAUCUGUAUACUACAUUUUUGUUUUUUAAAAGUUUAAUCAAUUGUAAUUACCCAAGUAAUGAAUGAAUUUUCUUUUUAAGAAAUUAGAUUGUUGCAAAUAAUGGUAGUCAUUCAACUACCAUUCCCCCAUCCCAUCUUAAUUGCUGUAAUGUCUGUUGUACAUCCAUCUUAAUUUUAAGACUUUUACAUGUGAAUUAAUUGACUAUAUUGUGUUUAAUGCAGAUGAUGUAUUGACUCAUUCUGCAGUUUUCUUUCUUUGCUUAGCUAUAUUUUUGAGAUCUAUGCAUGUUGCUAAAUGUAGAAGCAGUUCAUCCUUUGUAAUUGUUAGGUAGAUUGCCAUUAUGUGACUCUACCACAUUUUAUUUACCCAUUUCUCAUGUGAUAGACUGUUUUCUGUUUUUGCUUUUAUAGGAUGCUAAGCAGGAGCGUGUGUGUGUGUGUGUGUGUGUGUGUGUGUGUGUGUGUGUGUGAAAACUUACCUAGGGUAGAUUACUAGAAACUAAAUUGCAGAGUCGUAGGCUAUUUAUGCUUUUGUUUUUAAUAGAUACUUCCAAAUUGCCCUCCUGUACUAUUUACCCAGUAUUUUUCUUGAGAUUGUCUUAGGUCUAAUAUUGUUAUCUACUUUAGUUUCAUCCUAAGUAGCGAUAACCGUGAAACAAUGGGUUUGAUGUGCUAAGUAUGUAAUUUUCUAAUUCAUAUUAAAAGGGACAACUAUCAAAACAAAUUUAUCUGUGCUCAACCAAAGAAAUCGCAUACCACCUGUGGUGUGUGUGCCAUAAUUUGGGAAAUGCUGGUGUAUGUGGAAAAGCACAAUUUGGGAGUCACCCUGAUUCAAAUCCUAGCUGCAGAAACUUGAGCCCGUUAGUUCACCUCCCUGAGCCUCGGUUUCCUCACGAAGGAAAGGAGAUAAUGUACACCUACCUUGCAGCCAUGUAAGGAAGAUGAAAUGUAUCUGUAGCUAUUUGGCUGACAUCUAGGUCAUCACAGGCUUUUAAAGGUAGUAAUUGCUAUUCUUCCCACUUUACAGAUGAGGAGACUGAGGCCCAGGAAGGUGAAGUAACCCGGCUGCCAGGUAGCAGUGAAGGUUUGAACCCAGGCCCUCCAAUUCAGUCUUGUGUUUUCUCCAUUGUGAGGGUGGUUAUCAACCUUGGCUAUUCACUGGAAUCACCUGUGAAGCUUUUUCUUUUCCUGUUUUUUUUUUUUUUUCUGUCUGCACUGUGUGGCUUGCAGGAUCUCAGUUCCCCAACCAGGGAUUGAACCUGGGCUGUGGUAGUGAAAGCCCAGAAUCCUGACCACUAGGCCACCAAUGAACUCCCUCUUUUUCCUUUUUAAGAAUCAAAGCAAUAUAUACACCAGUUAGAAAAUAAAAUAAUACAGAAGGGCUUAUAAUGAAAAGCAGCAGUUCCUUGCUGCACUCCCAUGUCCAAAGGAUGUGGAGCUCCUUGCUCUGGUCCCACGCCUGGAAAUCUAAUUCAGUAGGUGUGGAUGAUAAUCUGGGUAACUAAUCCCUACCUCACGAGGUAGAAAGCAUUACAUGAAUUGCCUCAGGCUAAGGCCCUGGCACAUAGGAACACAAAUGCUACAAAGGAUUUAAAUCCUGAGGCUCAGAGAGGUGAGAUGACUUGUCUUGAGAUCCCAGUGGUUCUGUUACAGAGCCUAGACUUCAACUAGGAUCUUCUCUGUUUGCCCAGUGCUUUCUCUUGUGUCACACUGCCUCCUAUCAUCACAAGACAACACACACUCAGUGCAGGCUGUGCCCAGGAGAGAGCGGACACUGUGGUGUGUUUCCAAGAGCCAGCUGGACCUGAGUGAAAUCCCUAGGGCUAGUUGAAGGACACUAGGUUGACUCCCUUAUGUUCUGGACCUAGUAGCCUUAGUCUGGGGACACAAACAUGAAUCAAAUCUUUAUCCUGUCCUUGAGGAGCUCAGUGUCUAGUUAGGGAGGCAAUUUAUAAACCAAUGUGAUUAGCACUGUGACAGGAGCAUGGAUAAAGGAAGGGCAUCUAGCUUAGGUAGAGGUUCAGGGAAGACAUCCUCUAGUCUAGGAGGUGAAACCUGAGCUGAGUCUCAAAGGACUGGUAGGAAUUAGCCAGUUGAGGAGUUGAAAGAGAUUUCCAGAUAGUGGGAACAGUAUGCACAAGACCUGCGGUCAAGUAACAGCCCACCAGUUCAGAAAUACUGAGCCAUAAGGUUUCCUGGGCUGGGGAAGUAGCAGGAAGUGAAGCUGGAGAGGUAGUCAGGAACCAGAUUUGAAAUGAGUCGUAAGAACCUGGCUAUAGAACAGAUUUACCUCAGAACACUUUGGUUCCCUAACUGGCUGUAUACCAGAAACACAGGGUGCAUCCUGGAUGACACCCCCCCACCUAAAAAUUCAGUUUCCAUAACUGGGUGGGGGCCUCAGGAUCUGGAGAGCUUAUAAAUGUGAGGGUGUCUAGGGUGCAGCCAGGUUUGGGAACUGUGGGUUGGAGACAGCAGAGGAGACUAGAUAAGAAACAAACCCCUUUCUGGCUAGCCAGUGUGGAAGCAGAUUAGGUUAGAUGCUCAAGCUAUAUGCUCCCUUAGUUCAAUUCUCACACUGUUUUAUAUUUGCCUGUUUUCUCUCUCCAAAUAAGCUAUAAGCCCCACAGGGGUGGGUGUGUGGCUAUCUUGCUACUAGUAUACCCCCAGCAAAAAGCACAGUGCCUGACCCCAAAAAGGCAUCCAAAAAAUAGUUUUUGAAUGAAUGAAUACAUGUGUGAAGGAGAAAAUGGAGACAGAUUAGUUAGGGAACUAUUGAAAAUACUAGGGCAAGGACAGUGGGACUAGAUUGGAGAUGAUAAGGUGUGAGCCAUUAAAGGAAGAGAUGUGCUUCAUCUUGGUGACUGAUUAUUGGAUGUGAAGUGUGACUGGGAGGAUAGAAUGAAUACUCGUUAAUAGCCAAGAUUCCUACUCUGUCCCAGUCAUUCUCCUUCAUUAUUCAUUUGAAUCAGAACUCCUUCCAGCUUCCUCAGCAAUUGAAAUUCCUCAAGUUAAGUAAACAUUCUAUGUGUGCUGUGUGGUCUCCCCCUCCUCCCCAGCCAUUGAUUCAUUCAUUGAGUUCAAUAAAUCUUGGCUAAGCACCUCCUGUGCCCUUCCAAGGUGGAACUCUGACUCCCUCUUUCCUACCUCAGAUGUUUUUGAGGGCUUCCCCAGACAAGACUUAGAUCCCUUAUACAGUAACCUAAAGGGAGAUACUCAAACACCAGACCUGUAAGGGAACCUACAGACUUCGUCCAGUCCCCUCCUGAGGCUCUCAGUGGGGAAGAAACUUGCCUAAGGCCCCACUACUAGGAAAUGUAGGAGCCAGAACUGGAACGUAAGUUCCCUUUCCACAUUGCCCCUAGAGCCUUGAUUUCUCCCAUUGCAGAUCAGAUCAGGCAGAAAAGGCCAAGGAGAAGGUUGGCCUUUGAAGGUCACUGGUACUGGACAAGCGAACAAGAAGCUUGCCAGUUACACUGCUCCCUUUUGGAAGCCCUCAGCAGACCUUCCAUGCCCACAGUCCCUUUUAAGGGGUUUCUUAAGCAUGAGUUGCCAUGCUCUGUACCAUGUGACCUCACAAUCCUGGCCAAAGAUGACAAAGUUGGGAUAGUAUCUUACUCAUGGACAGCCAAUCUCUAAGCUGGACAAUGUCCUAUUAGGUGGACUGAUGUAAGAACUCCACCUCCUAGCCAUGGCCUGUAUGAGAUGACAAAUGUAUGAAACAACCAGAUCCUUUUUCAGGGAGGUCGAAUGUGAGGCAUUCAGAAGAAGUGAACAAUUAGAAUUUAGCAAGGCAGACGUGGUGGUGGAUGAGGGAUGUCAGAAACUGAAUAGCAAAAACAAGGAGAAAGCUGCAAAAACCAUGAAGCAUGUGAGAAUGUGGGGCCACAGGUAGCAGAAGCCAUGAAGCAACAAGACUAUGGGCCAAAAGGACACAGAAGCCAUGAAGCAAUAGGAGCCACAAUGUAGCAGUAGCCUAGAGGAACAGAAAUGAGACAAAACCCUGAAUCUGUGAGAUCCACGAAGCAACAGAAAGCUUGAACAGACGAGAUCCAUGAGGCAGCAGAAGCAAUGGAAACUGCAAGAGCCUCAAGGUAGCUGCAACCGUGUGGCAGUGAGGCAGCAAAAAUCAGAGGCAGCAGGAUAGACCAGGCAAGCAGAAGUUACAGCACAGAGAAGCCCCCGAUUAAUUGGAACUGAAGCCCCAGAAGCCAGGAAACUGCAGGAGCCAGGAGGCCCAGAAGCUGUGCCCCGAAGGCCACAGGCUGGCAUGGAGGGGAGCAGAGAGAAGGUAGUCAGUAUCAGUAGGAGGAGUAUAAACACUGCCAGAAAGAAGUUGAGUCACCAUUUUGAGAAGCACUAGAGAAGGGAGCAACAGAUGCCUGCAGCUGAGGGGGUGAAAAGAUAAGCCAGGCUCUAGCGCUGCUUUGGAUCAUGAACCAUUUUCAAGUUUCUGUUCUGUGAGGCUGCCUGUGUAGCUGUUUUUGUCUUCCUUAUUUCCCUGUGAAUGCUUCAAUAAAUCUCCAUCACUAA